CCCUUUUUCGGAAGCCGUUUGUUUCCGGCCGGUGAAUGGAACAUGUACUUCCUGUUGGAAUGUUGGCAGCGGCAUUGCUGGUAGUGUUGUGGCUGCUGUGGUUGGCAUGCUGUCGCUGGAGAGAUGCUCUUUCAGGCCGGUCACUGGGAUUGCUGCAGACGGUCAGGGCUCCGCUCCUGCUCAUCGCUCACCCGGAUGAUGAAUGCAUGUUCUUUGCGCCGACCAUCCUCGGCAUGCUCCGAGAGCAGCGCAGUCUCUAUGUGCUCUGCUGCUCCACAGGCAAUUACUACAAUCAAGGGGAAAUUCGUAAGAAUGAGUUGAUUCAAAGCUGUUCUGCUUUAGGAAUUCCUUCUUCCAAUGUAACGCUUAUUGACCACAGGGACCUUCCUGAUGAUCCCAAUGUACAGUGGGACACCAAUCUCCUAUCUGAUUUAAUUAUGAAACACAUUAAAGACAAGAAGAUUGAUGCAGUGGUCACAUUUGAUGAGGGAGGAGUGAGUGGCCAUCCCAAUCACAUCGCUCUAUACAACGCUUUAAGAUCUUUACAGUGUUCCGGAAAGAUUCCAAAAGGAUGUGCUGUUUUUGUGCUGGAGACAGUGAACAUUUUUAGGAAGUAUCUUUCCGUCCUGGAUUUGCCAAUCAGCUGGCUCUACGGUCAUGAUGUGUGUAUUGCUUUGUCAGGAGUACAGUACCAGCAAGCCAAGGAGGCUAUGAAAUGUCAUCAAAGUCAGCUUCUGUGGUUUAGACAUGUUUACCUGCUGUUUUCUCGUUACAUGAUGAUCAACUCGCUGAGCUUGCAUGUUUGUAAAGAAAAAUCCACAUUAAAAGACAGCUAACCAUAUUGAUUCCUCACUCUAA